GCUACCGUAGCCCGCGGAACUGAAGUUGCGCCUACCCUGCGAGCUCCGCACGGAGCAAUUGCACUAAGGGCAGUCUCCGCUGACGCGAUUGGCAACGGACACCGGAAGCGCUUGUGAACGGCAAACCCCGGCCGAGCCUUGAGACAACGAGACGCGCAGAGGGGUUGGGUGCCUGGUUUCCAUCGGGUCUGGACCGCAGAGAAACUGGGACUGCGCCAGUGAUGGAUCGAGGCGUUGGAGGACGCACAGCCAGCGCUCUUUUUGCAGGGUUCCGGGCGUUGGGGCUUUUCAGCAACGACAUUCCACACGCGGUGCGGUUCAGUACUGUGAAGCGCAGAUUCUAUGUGACGACCUGCGUGGGCAAAAGCUUCCACACGUAUGACGUUCAGAAACUUAGUCUGGUUGCAGUAAGUAACUCUCUUCCACAGGAUAUCUGCUGUAUGGCAGCUGAUGGAAGGCUAGUCUUUGCUGCUUAUGGGAAUAUUUUCUCUGCAUUUGCCCGUAAUAAAGAGGUAGUACACACCUAUAAAGGUCAUAAGGCAGAAAUCCAUCUUCUUCAACCUUUUGGAGAUCAUGUUAUCUCUGUUGAUACUGACAGCAUUCUUAUUAUUUGGCACAUAUAUUCAGAAGAGGAAUACCUACAGUUGACUUUUGAUAAAUCAGUAUUUAAAAUUUCUGCAAUUUUGCAUCCGAGUACCUACUUGAAUAAAAUACUUCUCGGCAGUGAACAAGGAAGCCUACAGUUGUGGAAUGUAAAAUCCAAUAAACUUCUAUAUACAUUUCUGGGAUGGAAAGUUGGAGUGACAGCUCUUCAGCAGGCACCAGCUGUGGAUGUCAUUGCUGUUGGUCUUAUGUCAGGUCAUGUUAUCAUUCACAACAUUAAGUUUGAUGACACAUUAAUGAAGUUCUGUCAAGAUUGGGGACCUAUUACUUCGAUUUCAUUUCGCACAGAUGGUCAUCCAGUAAUGGCAGCUGGAAGCCCAUGUGGCCAUAUUGGACUCUGGGAUUUAGAAGACAAAAAAUUAAUCAAUCAGAUGAGAAGUGCACAUUCUACAGCAAUUGCCGGACUGACAUUCCUCCACAGAGAGCCACUUCUUAUCACAAAUGGUGCUGACAAUGCUCUCAGGAUAUGGAUAUUUGAUGGUCCCACAGGCGAAGGCCGGCUUUUGAGAUUCAGAAUGGGACAUAGUGCUCCUCUUACCAAAAUCAGAUACUAUGGACAAAAUGGACAACAAAUUCUUAGUGCAAGUCAGGAUGGAACUCUUCAGUCAUUUUCCACAAUACAUGAAAAAUUUAACAAAAGCUUGGGACAUGGAUUAAUAAAUAAAAAGAGAGUCAAACGUAAAGGACUUCAGAAUGCCAUGUCAGUGAGACUUCCACCCAUCACAAAGUUUGCAGCUGAGGAAGCUCGUGAAAGUGAUUGGGAUGGCAUCAUUGCUUGCCAUCAAGGUAAGCUAUCUUGCUCAACCUGGAACUACCAAAGAUCUACAAUAGGCGCUUACUUUCUUAAGCCAAAGGAGCUCAAGACAGAUGACAUAACUGCAACAGCAGUGGAUAUAACUUCUUGUGGAAACUUUGCUGUGAUUGGCCUUUCAUCAGGAACUGUAGAUGUGUAUAACAUGCAGUCUGGUAUUCAUCGAGGGAGUUUUGGGAAGAAUCAAGCUCAUAAAGGAUCUGUUAGAGGUGUUGCAGUGGAUGGAUUAAACCAGUUGACAAUUACAACAGGAAGUGAAGGAUUACUCAAGUUCUGGAACUUUAAAAACAAAAUUUUAAUCCAUUCUGUGAAACUUGAUUCAUCUCCAAAUAUAAUGCUGCUACAUAGAGACAGUGGUCUUCUGGGACUCGCCUUGGAUGACUUCUCCAUUAGUGUUCUGGACAUAGAAACUAGGAAGAUUGUCAGAGAUUUUUCUGGACACCAAGGCCAAAUAAAUGACAUGACUUUCAGUCCUGAUGGUCGUUGGUUAAUAAGUGCUUCAAUGGAUUGCUCUAUUAGAACUUGGGACCUUCCGUCUGGGUGCCUCAUAGACAGCUUUUUGUUGGACUCGGCUCCCCUCAAUGUUGUUAUGUCCCCUACUGGAGAUUUUCUGGCCACUUCCCAUGUGGACCACCUUGGAAUUUAUCUAUGGUCCAAUAUUUCUCUCUAUUCUGUUGUUUCAUUACGGCCACUUCCCACAGAUUAUGUUCCUUCGGUAGUGAUGCUCCCUGGUAUUUGUCAAACCCAAGAUAUGGAAUUACCAGAAGAAACUGUAGAACCAAGUGAUGAAAUGAUUGAGUAUGAUUCUCCAGAACAGCUGAAUGAGCAACUGGUGACUCUGUCACUCCUCCCUGAAUCACGCUGGAAAAACCUUCUCAAUCUUGAUGUUAUUAAGAGAAAGAAUAAACCAAAGGAACCACCCAAAGUACCCAAGUCAGCACCAUUUUUCAUUCCAACAAUUCCUGGCCUUGUACCCAGAUAUGCUGCACCUGAACAAAAUAAUGAUCCCCAACAGUCUAAAGUGGUAAAUCUUGGAAUUUUGGCUCAAAAAUCAGAUUUCUGCUUGAAACUUGAAGAAGGUCUGGUAAAUAAUAAAUAUGAAGCCGCUCUUAACCGUCUGAAAGAAUUAGGGCCAUCAGGAAUUGAAACAGAGCUGCGAAGCUUGUCUCCAGAUUGUGGUGGGUCUGUAGAAGUUAUGCAGAGCUUCUUAAAAAUGAUCGGGAUGAUGUUGGACAGAAAGCAAGAUUUUGAGUUAGCCCAGGCAUACCUUGCAUUGUUUCUAAAGUUACACCUUAAAAUGCUCCCUUCAGAGCCAGUUCUUCUAGAAGAAAUGACAAAGUUGUCAUCACAGGUGGAAGAAAACUGGAUGCAUUUACAGUCCCUCUUCAAUCAAAGCAUGUGUGUUUUAAAUUAUAUAAAAAGUGCUUUGUUAUAAAAAUGAAGUGAGUAAAUAAAUCAGACUUUUAUAUUAAAUGGGUUAACUCAUACCCUGUUUUCGAAGUUUCAGUGUGGAAAGAAAAUAAAUGCUAGCACUACUGACUAUUCAGUAAUUCUCCACUUAUACUUCCUUGAAAUAAAAUACAUGCCUUUUGUUUAAAGACUUAA